GGAGUUGGAAUUGUGAACGCAGGUGUUUCGUUUGACUGUAUCGUUUUUGUUCCCCAUGUUUUCUAUGGCCAUAAUUUACGUAAAUGAGAUAAAACUGCGCAAACGCAUUACUUACAAAUGUAAAUAAAUAUUCAUCGAUACAAGUCAAAUACAUAAAAAGCUGACUGGAAGCAGACGGUAGUGUACAUCGUUAUAAUUUCAUGAACACGAUGUUCGCCACGGACGCGAUCGUUUAUAGUUUCGCGAUUUGUUUCCUGAGCCUUCUUCAAUUCGGAAAUGGGUACAGGAUCCUCAGUAUUUGCUCUCGUGCUUCGUUCAGCCAUCAGAUUGUCUUUCGCGGGCUGACCUUAGCCUUGAACAAGCGAGGUCAUGAGAUCGUAGCCAUUACAACGGAUCCAAUGAAUGAUCCAAAAUUGAAGAAUUACACCGAAAUCGACGUUAGUCAUCUCUACAAAUCCAACCUCAAGGUGAAUAUAGCGGACUUUACGGACUGGCCGGCGUUAUUUCCGGAUAUAAGUGAGGGUCUGAACCUUCAAACGGUGGAAAUCUUCGAACAUCCCGAUUUCAAGAAACUAUACGCCGCCAAUGCGAACGAGAAAUUUGAUUUAAUACUCCUGGAAUUGUUGUAUUGGCCCGCCUUUUAUCCUCUGGCGAAACGGUUCGAUGCUCCGAUUAUUGGCAUGACACCUAUGGCCGGACUUACGAUAAACAUCAAGUAUUCGUUGGGCGAUCCUAUGUUGCCUUCCCACCCUUCGAAUUGGGAAAUUUAUACCGCUGAUCAACCCCAGAGUUUUUGGCGUAGACUUGUCACCUUUUUUUCUUUCUGGAAGUUUCUAUAUUAUUAUAAAACUUUGCAUACGAAGUCGCAGGAAGCUAUCGCCAAAAAAUAUCUUGGCCCUGAUAUUCCGGAUCUAUCCGAACUCGAGACGAAUGUCAGUUUAGUUUUUGUCAAUCGACGUACAUCGGCCACCUUCGCGGAACCGAAUGUUCCGAAAAUUAUAAAUAUCGGUAGUUUUCACUUGGACACUCGAACGGACAAGCUGCCGCAGAGACUUGGCGAAUUUUUGAACGAUUCUGAAAACGGGUUCAUUUACAUGAGUCUAGGUACUAACAUGAAGAGUACGAUGUUAUCGUCAAAAGUGCGGGAAGCUUUAUUAUCGGUCUUUUCGAGACUUCCCUUCAAAGUACUCUGGAAAUUCGAAGACGAGUCUCUUCCAGGGCUACCUCCGAAUGUAUUCAUCAUGAAAUGGGUCCCACAGCAAGCCGUUCUUGCGCAUCCGAAUCUGAAGGCCUUCAUAUAUCAAGGAGGUGUUCAGAGCACGGAGGAGGCAAUAUCUAACGCCGUUCCUCUGAUUGGCAUACCUACUUGGGCGGAUCAGAAGAUGCAGAUUGAUAAACUAGUAUCUCUCGGGGUGGCCAGGAAAUUGGAAGUGGCCAAAUUAGAUGAGAAAAGUCUGGUGGACGCAAUCACUGCUGUAACACUCGAUAGCAGUUACAAAGAGAAUAUGGUGAAUUUACGAAAACGUUGGAUCGAUAACUCGCAAGAUCUGUUGGAAAACGGAAUAUGGUGGACGGAACACAUUAUACGUCACAGGGGUGGAUCGCAUUUGCAUUGUAUCAUAGCUGACACGCCGUGGUACCAACGACAAGACAUGGACUUGAUUGCUUUUAUAUCUUCCGGAUGUACUCUAGUUUCGAUUUUUUUAUUAUUUUUAUUAUACCGCUUGCUUUCCUGCGUAUCCGCCAUACGCAGAUACAACUCGGCUGAAACGAAACGAAAAACAUCCUGAGAUUCUCAGUCCUCUAGACUGCGAUAAAAAUUUUUUGUAUCGACUGUUUGAAUCGUAAUAACAAACUUGUGCAAAUAUAGGCAGAAUUGACGAUCGAUAUAUAUAUCAGUCAACACUGCGUCUAUGGAUCAAUAAAUUGAAGUAAUUUAUGUUAA